CCUCCCGUUCCUACGCAGCCUGCUCUUCAACAGCACCCUUCGAACACCACCGCCUCCAAACGCUUUCGUAUCCCAUCGAACCCCGCUUCGCGCUUCUAUGCCCACGAUCCCUUUCCUGGGAGCCCUUUUCUCGACCGCAGACACCAGGAAUAUGUCGUACCCUUUGAAGAAGUCGGACAGUGAAUGGCAGGCUCAGCUGUCGCCUGAGCAAUUCCGCGUCCUUCGCAAGCAAGGCACUGAAGCGCCAUUCACUGGCAAAUACGACAAACACAUGCCAGAGGAAGGCGUAUACACCUGUGUCGGCUGCGAAGCACCACUGUACAAAGCCUCCCACAAGUUCAAGUCCGGCUGUGGAUGGCCGGCCUACUUCGAUGCGAUUGAGGGCGCCGUCACGAGACAUACGGACAAGACAUUCGGCAUGGAGAGGACGGAGAUCGUUUGCAGUAACUGUGGAGGACAUCUUGGACACGUCUUCAAGGGAGAGGGAUACGACACGCCGACGGAUGAGAGACACUGUGUGAACUCCGUCUCGCUAAACUUCAAGAAUGACGAUGCUGCCAAGGCGAAGGCAUAGAAUCGGUCUGAUGGAGGCACAAGAGAUAUGAUGGAUGAUUCAU